GAGACCUUUAGAGACAGGAGUGAAAAAGAAAGGCCGCCAUAAAUGAAGUAAAUUCACCUGAGCAAAGAGCAGUUAAAGUAAGUAAAACCGGCUAGAACAAAUGGCAAGUUAGUGGCUGAACACUGUGGCCCACCUUGAAACAGACUGCAAAACAGGCUACAAAUGGAGAGAGGUGCACCUCACCUGUAAAGUCAUCCGGACUUAAAAAGAAGAAAAGAGUUGCAGCUCAGCUUACACCCAGAUGGAACAGAGUUGAAUUUCUGCUGAACUAAAAAAGAUUUCAUGCGAAGGGAGGGCGGAUGUUACAGCUCACAACUGGACACAAUGGCAAGAAGACGUUCUGAGCUCGGUGACAAUACACAUCAGCCUAACACACGACAGAAAGCUAAACCUCAGCUGUAGAAACUAUUGACCAUGAAGUGAAAGUGAAGGGUGCAGCUGACCUGAGAAUGCACCCAAGUUCAUAUCAAGGCAUGCAUUACAAGCACCUGAGCACGGAUUGAGGAAGAAAGUCAUCAACCACCUAAAAACACUCUCAAGCACAAACCGAAGAAGAGAGCUGCCACCCAUUUGCAAGCAUUGUGCGGCCACGGCUUUCCUGAAAACACAAGAAAGUGAUAUGGCAGGAGUUUGGGAUGGAGGAAAAGGACGCUUUUGGUGUGAUUUGAUCUCCAGUCAGGCAGAGACAAAAAUGGCUUCACUCCAACAGGUGGCUGUUUAAUCAGUUUUACUAUGGUAUGAAGCUAUGAAGGUAAAAACAUGCCUUGGGCAAAAAUAAGAAAAGGCACAAUCUGAAGGCAUUUGCUUGGAACUACUUUCAGUUCCUUCUCAUACUGAGUACUUAAACAUUAAGUAAAUGCUUUCAAUGUAUGCCAACUAAACAUAAAUAAAAAGAUCUUAAUUUCUAGGUAUUUCUUGUAGGAAUAAGAUGAGUAAUACCUGUAUGCCAAUAUAAGCUAUGCACGUGAGCCUGAAGGCUUUGAACUUUGAUCGUAGGACAUAAGGAAGCACCUAUCUUCACUACUCCUCACAUACAUUUUCUUCAUAAUUGUCAACAGCGGAAGAAGUUCCAUUUUUUUCCAUUUUCAUUAUUUUUCUCCAAACUACAAGAUUCAGCUGAAGUCAUCUAUCUCCAAUUUGCCUCACACAAUCAGUAACUGUGCUCGACUCAUGCCAUUUGACUGUCCAGUACUACCAUGGCAAAGCUGGGUACCCUGCUGGCGUUGAGUGAUCAGUCAUCCUUCCAGAGCCAGGAGGGUUUGGGAACAGAAGACAGCAUGGGCAGUGUUGGCAGUGGUGUGGCAGGAGAACAGGAGUUUGCCAUGAAAAGUGUGGGCACUAGGACACAGCCUAGUGGGGGUAGCGGCCCAAAUGGGAUGCGUACCAAUGGUUUCUCCACACGGAAAUACUCUGGAGAAGAACGCACAUAUAGUUCUGAGAAGAUGUUAAUCUCUAACUCUCUCUAUAUCAAUGGGGAACUGCGCCGCAGUGGAGAGAGAGGGGUCAAGGUUGAUGUCUGUGGCAACAUUUCUGCCAACAAUGAAAAAAACAACAGCAGUGGUAGCAACAGUUUGCCACCCCCACAAUACAGAGAGCCUCCUAACACCAUCUUAAACAAGCCACCGCCAGCUGCUACCAACACAGGAGCUGGCACAACGAAACUGGACAACCCUCCAAAGAUCCUACCCAUUUCUGGCAAACUUGAACAGAGUAGCGAGGCUCUUGUAAGGCCUUCAGCAUUCAAGCCAGUAGUUCCUAAGAACUUCCAUUCCAUGCAGAACCUGGUGUGCCCUCCCCAGACUAAUGGGACAGCAGUGGAGAGCCGAAAAGCACCUGCAAAUGCAAAGAUCAGUGGGACAGCUGACCACCGGGAUAGUCCAGGAACUUCAGCAGGACGAGAAAGACCUUCUGGGAGCAGGACAGGAGCUGGGCUCUCAGACUCUGGCAGAAAUUCACUCACUAGUCUGCCUACGUACACAGGCUCCCAAUCACACCAACUGGGCCCACUUAGUGCCUCUACCAGUCACAUAAAUCGCCUGGGCACUACAAACACCUACGAAAAGGGAGUGGGCAUUGGAGGCUACAACAAUGGUUUGUCCACCUCUGACAGUGGUCGUUCAUCAUCUGGUAAAAGCAGCUCCUCCUUCAAUAAGCUAAGCCAUCUGACAGAGGCAUUGCCUUUUCAGCACUCACCUUCCAGCGAUGACAUCAUCCAAGACCUUGAAGACCGCCUUUGGGAGAAAGAGCAGGAGGUGCUGCAUAUGCGAAGAAACCUGGACCAGAGUGAAGCAGCAAUUGUACAAGUCUUUGAAGAAAAACAAAGGCUCUGGGAGCGUGAAAUGGAAGAGCUGCGUCAAAACUAUGCGAACAAGCUACAGCAGGUGUCACGAAAGGCUCAACGUGCUCAACAGGCCCUACAGCUACAGAGCGCACGGCUGCAACAAGAAAAGCAUCACCUGCAGGAUGAAGUUGCAUCCCUGCUGGCGCAGAGGGAGGAGCUGGAAAGAAAGUGCCUAGAGUACAAGAAGGAGCAGGCAGAUAUGCUGCCUCGUCUGGAGGAGACAAAGUGGGAGGUUUGUCAAAAGGCAGGAGAAAUCUCGCUCCUGAAACAGCAGUUAAGGGACUCACAAGCAGAUGUUAAUCAGAAGCUUGGGGAGAUGGUAGCACUCCGAAAUCAGCUGAAGGAACUAAAAACUCAGCUUCGGGAACGUGAAGAGGCCGUUCUUAGCCUCAAGGAGUCUUACAACAGCAAGAGUGUGGCAUUGGAGAGCUGUGAAGCAGAGCUGCAGCAAACACUAGCUGAGGUAUCUGUACUUCGUGAGAAGCUGGGUGUGUUUGAAGCCGAGGUGCUCAGUUUGAAGCAGGCUCUGGCUGGACUAAAUGCAGGGACGGGGGCCUCAAGUCCCACUCAAGGUGCUGCAGCAGCUGUCACACCCCCAGCACUGCCCUCCUCACACCCUGAUUCUGCUCUGCUGAACUGCCAGAGUGAUGAGGCCAAAGCACAGAGACAAACAGAGGCCGAAGUGGGAGGGCUGCGUAGGCAGAUGGAACGGCUGCAGGGAGAACUAAGACUCGAGAGGCAACAGCGGGAACAACAGGCUGUCACCUUUGCAGAGGAGAGGCAAACGUGGCAGGGAGAAAAAGAAAAAGUGCUUAAGUAUCAGGCACAGCUGCAACUAAACUAUGUGGAAAUGUAUCAGAAGAACCAAGCCUUGGAGCAGCAGGUUAAUGACCUCAGCUCCAAACUGAACACAGUGUCCUCUGAGGAGAAGAAACAGUCAACAGCUACGUGGGUUGGCCCAUCUCGUUUGGAGAGAAUUGAAUCCACCGAGAUAUAAAUGAAUCUUUUUCCCAUGCAGAUCAUGCAAUGAAACAUCAGGUGGCAGUGCUUAAUUUAGCUGGAGGUCCUGCUUGUGGCAGCAUCUGGCCCUCUGUCUUACAUAUGCUGGGGCAGAUUAUUCAGUGAAAGAAACAGCUGUGAAAUGCCAAAAAUCAGUGCACUGACAUAAGUGAAGGAGCCAAUAUUGACAUUUUGGAUGAGUCCUGGAUUUUUUUUUUCUUUACCUCAGACAUCUUUAUAUUUGAGUCCAGCCAUUAGAAGCAAAGCUGGGCUUUCCAAUAUCGCUGCUGUGAAAAAUUACUGCCUGACCCAGGUCAGCAUGUUGAUUUGUGGUAAACAAGCUAAUCCCUGCUUGUCCAAUAACAGAAGCAAGCCAGUCUCUCCUAAAUCAAGAUCAGUCUGUCAGCAAGCUGAUAUCUUCAUGACCAAGGUUACCUUGAGUACAGGCUAAUGAUGUCUGCUAGACUGAGAUUGGUCAAUGAACCACCACUGUCAUCUGUGAUUGACCAAAGAUUUCAGCCUGCUGAAUCUGAUUGCCGUGUGAGUAUGGUCAGUGUAGCCCUGGUUGAUCACAUUUUUUUAUCAGCUAGGUCAAGGUUAGUCUCUGCUUAGUCAAAAUUAGUCAGUAUGCUGAUGUCAACCUGACAGGAGGUGGUCUUAUAGCAAGCCAAUCUGUAAUAUACUUGGAUGUCUGCUGGAUUAUAGGUCAUUUUCUUGAAGACUGAGCUCUUCUUUUGUGAAGUACUGUUAACUAUCUGUUUUAGAAACUCCUAUAUGUGAUUUCCUACUGAAUAAUAUACAUCAAAUAUUCAAAAAUGUUACCUCUGCCCUUAUCUUUUCCUAAGUAUUGAAUACUGUUAUUUGAAAGCAUUGUUCUGUAAGUAGCUUGAAUGACUGUUAAGAAUUCUAAACCUGCAUCCAGCCAGGCUUCCCAUUGAUGAUCACCACUGCUUAAUUCUGUACUUCAUAAGCUGAUGCAAAAUUAUGUAUUGUUGGAAAAUCUGCAGCAAAUUUGUUAUUUUGAUUGCAGUGGCUUCAUAGGCCUAUACUGGCACUAGAUUUAUAACAUCCCACUGGGCCAGUAUUGAGAUUAAAAGAAUUUUAAUGUGUCUUCUUUGAUCUGCCACUCCUUCAACGGUGUCUGAUGGGGCAGUUAAUCAACAUCUCUUUCAUCUGUUUGUUUUAUCCAUGCUCUAAGUGGAACAGCUCUAUCAAUUGUGGCAUGAUUUAUUGUCCUCUCUGUUAGAGAUUAUCAGCGUAGUAUCUUUUGGUAACAGCACUAUGGGAGCAAUGUAUGUCAGCAGUGUCUUAUACCGCUAAUGCCACCCUAGCCUGGAUCUGAGUGAAACCAGAUUAUGCCUGGUUUUCUACUGUCUUCUUUCAGAAGGUUUCUGGAAUCACCUGUGGCAUUUCAUGGCUUGUUAGGUUCCUGCUCUGUAUGUGGACCGGUCACCAACCUAACCUUCAAUAAGGUUGUGGUAAUGUUAUGGUGGUUGGUUUCAGGUUGUGUUUUCAUGCAGUAGUUUAGAUAAAACAUUGUUGCCCAUGACGCCAUAUUAAAACACUUGGGUUGAUUUUGUUUUGUGCCAUAUUUUUUUUUUUUUGUGCUAGAGAGAGUCAGACAGGUGCUGGACCAUAGACAAGGUGCAAGUGCUUAUUACAGUAUGAGUAUGUGGUGUAUGCAGUGUGAGUAUGAGGUGUUCUACUUCAGUCAGCAGUGAGAAAGUAUACAAGCAGAUUCACAAAAGCUGGACAUAUUGAGAAUGAAGUAUGUCAUAAAGCACUGCUAGGAAAAACAAUAAAUAGUAAAAUAGAAUAUGAAAAAUAUCAGAAAAAGGGUAAUUAACACCACAGAUAUAUUAUUCCUAUUUUCUUUGUGGUCGAUGCACAAAUAUGCAUUGCUUAUGUUUGAUGUAAGCAGUAUGCAAGUUACACUUGUAAUGGGUCAAACCCAGAUGCUGGAGGGCCACAGCUGCUACAGGUUUUUGUUCAGCCACUUUCCUUAUUAGUAACCAAUUAUUGCUCCUAAUGGAACAUCAUUUUUUUUGUCUUAAGAUUCACAAGUUUUUUGUUUUCAUUAAGAUGACUGUCACAGUGAAAACUGGUACAUUUUUUACUGAUGCCAAUAUAAAAUCAGGUUGUUAUUUUAAUUAAUUAAUGAAAUGCAUUUUAUUAGUGAGCAAAACUCAAUGUAAAAAAUGUUUUCUCUCUAUUAUAAAAAAAUCUUGCAAUGAGACAUGUUGCUCUGAAGAGAGACAGAGAGACACUUCAGAGAGGCAGAGUCACUUUCACUUCCUGCAACACGGUCAAAUCAUGGUUAAGUCACGUCAUACUGACAUCCAUUGGAAGCAUGUUCCCAUGAGAUGGUGACCUAGGUAAGGAAAGUCAAAAUCAGCCCAGAACAAGUGGACCUGAAAACCUUGCACGUCCAAACAGGGACAAAGAGUAAAAGACACAGUAGAACUUCAUAAAAGACGUUCAAAAACGUUGGCGCCAUACACAUGCAGAGCAGGUUACAGAUUAUGAAAGCAGUGGAGUUUUAAAGGCUCAUAAAACACCUUGGUGGGAUACACACACAGAGCAAGUUAAAAAAUGUGACAGUACUAAAAUUUGAAAGUGUCAAAAAAAAA